AUGACGUUGUUCCUGCUCGGCGCAAUCCUGGCCCUGCUCUGGGUGCCCACGGCACAGGCUGAGGUUCUGCUGCAGCCUGACUUCAAUGCUGAAAAGUUCUCAGGCCUCUGGUACGUGGUCUCCAUGGCAUCUGACUGCAAGGUCUUCCUGGGCAAGAAGGACCACCUGUCUAUGUCCACCAGGGCCAUCAGGCCCACAGAGGAGGGCGGCCUCCACGUCCACAUGGAGUUCCCGGGGGCGGACGGCUGUAACCAGGUGGAUGCCGAGUACCUGAAGGUGGGCUCCAAGGGACACUUCAGAGUCCCAGCCUUGGGCUACCUGGACGUGCGCAUCGUGGACACAGACUACAGCUCCUUCGCAGUCCUUUACAUCUACAAGGAGCUGGAGGGGGCCCUCAGCACCAUGGUGCAGCUGUACAGCCGGACCCAGGACGUGAGUCCCCAGGCUCUGAAGGCCUUCCAGGACUUCUACCCGACCCUGGGGCUCUCCGAUGACAUGAUGGUCAUGCUGCCCAAGUCAGACGCCUGCAGCCCUGAGAGCAAGGAGGCACCCUGA